AUGAUGGUUAGCAUAUUGAGAGGAGUUGUCUCCUUCUCAUUGUUAUUCUGUCUUGCGGCAGCUCAGUCAAAUGUCCAUUAUGCCAUUGAUUUUGUGACCUCCGUUUCAACAAGCCAAUUCAAAUGCAUUCAUGAUACUGGCUAUGAUCUUGUAUUCAUAAGAGUUUAUGAUGUUGAUGGUUUCGACUCAAAUGCAAUCACUAACAUUCGAAAUGCAUUCACUCUUAAUCUCAAUGUGGAAGUCUUCAUGAUUCCACAACCAAAAUCUGCGAAAUCAGGUGCUAAACAGUUUUCUGAAGUCUAUCAAUCAUUGGAAUUAAACGGAUUAAAUAUACAAAGUUUAUGGAUUAAGGUCUUUAAUCCUUCCAAAUGGCCAAGCUCUGCAGCAGCAAACAGGAAUUUCAUUGAUGACAUCUAUACACAAGCUCAGAAGAAUCAAGUGAGCGUGGGAAUAUAUACUUCGAUCUCUGAUUGGCAACAUAUCACCAGUGACUACACAGGUCCAGCUGAUCGUCAACAAAACCUUUGGUACUACCAGAACUCUGGACCAGGCAAAUCCGGCGAAUCGCAGCCUGAUUUCAAAGAUUUUGAACCUUUCGGCGGCUGGAAAAGCGCUGGAGUAAAACAGUUUGCUCAAGUCGAAGGAGUAUGUGACGUUUUGACUAAUAGAAAUAUUUACUAUGCGGCAUCAUCAGUGGCAUCUAUCGGAAAAGAAACGAAUGAAACGAUGAUCGGUGGAAAUCUUUAA